AUGCAACACCAAGUGAAGGAAUACUUCCCCAACGUGCCCAAGAUCACGUUCGAGGGACAGAAUGCCAAGAGCGUCCUUGCGUAUCGCGAGUACAAUGCGUCCGAGGUGAUCAUGGGCAAGACUAUGGAGGAAUGGUGCCGCUUUGCCGUCUGCUACUGGCACACCUUCGGCAACUCGGGCUCCGACCCGUUCGGUGGCGAGACGUACACGAACCGCCUCUGGAAUGAGUCGCUGGAGAGAGCGAACAUUUCGUCCCGCGAGCGACUUCUAGAGGCUGCCAAGUGCAAGGCUGAUGCGGCCUUCGAGACGUUCACCAAGUUGGGUGUCAAGUACUACACGUUCCACGACGUGGAUCUGAUCUCUGAGGGCGCAAACCUGGAGGAAUCUCAAAGCCUACUGGACGAGAUCUCGGACUACCUGCUAGACAAGCAGAACCAGACGGGCGUCAGGUGUCUGUGGGGAACCACCAAUCUAUUUGGUCAUCGCCGCUUCAUGAAUGGCGCCAGCACCAACCCCGACAUGAAGGUGUUUGCCCAUGCGGCGGCACGGGUGAAGAAGGCGAUGGAGAUCACACUCAAGUUGGGUGGACAGAACUUUGUCUUUUGGGGAGGCCGCGAAGGGUUCCAGAGCAUCCUCAAUACGGACAUGAAGACGGAGCUGGACCACAUGGCGGCGUUCUUCAAGUUGGUAGUGGCCUACAAGAAAGAGCUGGGUGCUACCUUCCAGUUCUUGGUGGAGCCCAAGCCUCGUGAGCCCAUGAAGCAUCAGUACGACUACGAUGCGGCGACAGUCGUGGCCUUCUUGCACACCUAUGGACUCCAGAACGACUUCAAGCUCAACAUCGAGCCAAACCACACGACACUCGCGGGUCAUGACUACGAGCACGACAUCUACUACGCCGCCAGCUACAAGAUGUUGGGCUCUGUGGACUGCAACACGGGCGACCCGCUUGUGGGAUGGGACACCGACCAGUUCCUCAUGGACGAGAAGAAGGCUGUGCUCGUCAUGAAGAAGAUCGUCGAGAUCGGCGGCCUCGCACCCGGGGGCCUCAACUUCGACGCCAAGGUGCGUCGCGAGUCCACGGACCUCGAGGACAUUUUCAUCGCCCACAUCGGCUCCAUGGACUGUUUCGCUCGCGGUCUGCGUCAGGCGGCCAAGCUGCUGGAAAAGAACGAGCUGGGCGAGCUGGUUAAACAGCGUUAUGCUUCGUGGAAGAGCACGCUGGGUGAGCGCAUUGAGCAGGGCCAGGCUACACUCGAGGAGGUGGCAGCGUAUGCGAAAGAGUCUGGUGAGCCGGACCACGUGUCUGGUAAACAAGAGCUGGCCGAGUUGAUGUGGAGUACAGUAGCUCUAGCUACCGGUAUUUGGCAGGACCAUGUUACAUGCUCGCUGACAAAAAACUGGUGUUGA